AUGUGUGGUGGUAGUUGUGGGGAUGUUCUGAAACUUGGCCUAGGCAUUGGUGCUGCAGCUGUUCUCUUCCCUCUACUUGUGUGGGGCGGCUAUGCCCUUUUGCCGUUUGAUGCCCCACUGGACAGCGCCCCUCUCAGGCUGGUAUACACACUGCGCUGCUCCUUCUUUGCUGUCAUACCCAUUAUGCUAGGUGUGCUGGUGCAGGGGUUGGCGCGGCUGCGCUACGGCGCCCUAACACCCCUCUAUGAGGCCAAGGUGGGGGAGGAGAGCCGGGAGGUGGCAGUCCACCGGCACUACGUGGGCGACUCGCUCUCCCUCUUCCUACUCUACUUCCUGCAGCUGGCCGUCAUGGCCACCUACAUCAGCCAGGACCUGCUCAAGAUGGUGCCCCUGCUCACCAUCGUCUUUGCCUUCGACAGGCUGAUCUACUGGGUGUGUGUGACCCUAGGCAGCACCGUGAGAGGUUUGGGCUUCGGCCUCUCCUUCCUGCCCAUACUGGUCAUGUUGGGUGCCAACCUCUACUUUGUGUGCUCGUCAGUCAGUGAAGGGGCUGUCUUUGAUGUGGCCCCGCCCACCACCACCCCACCUCCCAGGCAGAGUUGGUGGGGCUAGGAGGAAGAGGAGUCGAUACGCCCAAUCCUGAAGAUUAAAUGCACCCCUAGACACGUAGACCUGAAAGGAUUAGAUAUUACCAUGUAACUUAUACAGUAUCAUAUGCACACUUUGCCUUCUGAAAGAUCAGAGGCACGUUCCUUAGGCAAACGUUGUGCAACCUUGCAGAUAGAAAUGUAUUCCUUACUUUACAUGCUGAGAUGCAAGUCUGUUCUCAACAAUAUAACACACGAGUUCCUCAGUGUUUUGCCCUACUGAAUCAUUUGAGUGAAUAGUUAAAUUGUUGGCACCCACUCAUUGUCAUGAUGUUUGUUUGGAAGGAGCGAGGGAGAAGAAUUAAGUUCCUCAGUUUGGAUUUCAUGUCCUUCAUCUGGAACAUAUUGGAUCACAUUGAACAAUGGUUUAUGGAGAGCUGGACAAUGCAUUAAGAUGACGUGGGGCUAGUAACAGUUAGCCACCCCAAUGAAGUUACCUGUAGUAGAAUGAUUGUGAUAUAAAGUGUCUUAUGCCGUACAUACGCCAAAGAGGAAUGGACCAUCCAUAAAAUAAGACAUUUAAGGCCUGGGUUGUGUUCAUUAGGCACAAAAUGUUUUUAAAAAGUUAACGUAUCAAAGGAAAAUUAGCGUUAAAAAAAUAUUAUUGGACAAGCCCAGGUUGUUCUUCCCUGUCUGUUUUCCUCCGUUUGUUGCCUAAAACACAACUUUGUGCAGUAUAUCCUUACUAACUAGAAUUGUGUUUUAUUCUAAUCUCAUGGCUUUGGUGAAGGAUGGUCCAGAGCUUCACUGGAAGGUUUCAUAAUGAGCUAUGACGACAUGACUAGUCAGCACUAUACAGUACAUCCUGAAGGGGGUGGUCUUCCCCAAGUUAUUAAAAUGUAUGAAGACUUAAGUGCCAACAUUGAAGUAUAAACCUAGGGCGGAGUUGACUUAUUUGAAUGCAUAUAACAUAAAAUCAAUGUGGAUAUUUUAUUUCUGCAACUGUGCCAUGUUUACAUUUAUUUCCUUUCUACAAUAGUACAACAUUUACUACCACAAUGAAUGGGAAUGAAGAAUAUGUUGAUAAUUGACAGCUAUUUAAGAAUGCGUUAUGUUAAUUAUGUCUGUACAGUACCAUAACCAAUGCACAUACAUUGUCCUGUUUGUAUAUGGCAGACAGCUCAUAAUCGUUGUAUUUCUUUUGGGCAUUCUUUUUCAAUGUUUACACUAUCUUAAUGGAAUGAUGUGAUUCACAUAAUAAAGUAGCUACUAAUCUUG